CGCCUCCUCGGUCAACUCCGGUACUUGAUAAUCAACGUUCAUCUUCAGACCAACAACGAACUUGUGACUUUGUUUAGAGAGGCGCACUUCUUCAUAUUGCACUGUACUAAUUUAUUCUUGCCUGGGACAAAAACGUUGAGAGAUCUGAGCAAAAUGCCUUUGGCCAAGGAUCUGAUGCAGCCCAGCUUCACAGAGGAGAGGAGAAGACACAAGAAGAAGAGGCUGGUGCAGAGUCCCAACUCUUACUUCAUGGAUGUUAAAUGCAUUGGCUGCUACAGGGUCACCACCAUCUUCAGCCAUGCCCAGACUGUGAUACCUUGUCGGGGCUGCUCUUUAAUCCUCUGCCAACCACAAGGGGGGAAAUGCAAACUAACUGCUGGCUGCGCCUUCAGACGGAAAUAUUCCUGAGCAGAAAUCAACCUGAACACCCAUGACAGACAGUAAUAUGAACCAUGGAUAAAUGAGUCUGAGUCUCACACUCCAUGAUUAAAAGUGUGGCUAUUUGCACCCUCCAAAACAUAUUCUUAGCAGAGAGAUUGUUUCCAUCUGUAUCUUGAUAAUGUGGAGUGAGAUUGAAUUCCCCCUGUGGGGUUAAAUGGGAAAGAGCAGAGAAAAGGAGCUGUGAGUAUAAACAUAUGCUCAGAUUGAAUUGUAUGUAUGUCAGAAUGAUAAGAUGAAGCACUUGUAAGAUCUUGACCUUAUCUUGUAAAGUGCCUUUAGAUAAUGUUUGUUGUGAUUUGGCGCUAUACAAAUUAAUUGAAUUGACCUUGAUGUAGAGUAGUUUUAACUACUACCAUUGAAACAUGUUUUAGUCAUCAAAAUGCACAAAAAGUCAAAGGAGUCAUGAUUUCUGUAAAACAUUUAUUAGAUUGGCAUAGAGGGGGUUGGUGAAUGAAAUAUUUCAAAACAGCCUCGAUCAAAUGUGAGGCACUUUUCAUGGCCCUGGCACCAGAUGAAACCAUGAUGACCAUCACAAACAAAAAUAAAACAUUUUAAGAAUUUA